AUGCUGAUUAAGACUUUGAUUCUUGUUUCACUUGUUUCCGAAGUUUUUCUUAUAGAAAUUCCUACGCCACCGAAUCCCAAGCAGUUUACUAUAACUGCAGGAAAGCCUACAGGCGCACCACAAAUCGAAGUGACAACAAAUUAUGUGGAUCGUUUUGCAGAUCUCUUUAGAAUUGAUGUAAAUAAUGACGGUCGCCUGACGGAACAAGCUUUCUACGAUGGAGGCAAGAAAACUGGAUAUUUAAUAUAUUACGAUGAGAAUCCACCUCGAUGUACAAAAUCCAACGAGAACGAUGCAGAUAUGUUAGAAGAAUGGCAAACAUUAUCCUAUGCUGGCAAGACCAAAUCUAUUAGUAAACCACAUAUAGAAUGUAAUAUGUGGAAUAAAACUGUACAAUCUUGGACGUGGAGUUAUCUUGCAUCUGUCAAAGACAAUACCCCAAUAGAAAUCUUGGACAAUAGUAUUCUUAUAUCAGUCUUUACAAACUAUACAGUUGGACCAUCUGUUGUGCCGAAGAGCGUUUUCGAUUUACCUGUACCAGAAAGGCAUGUCUACACUACCGGUGCCCGUUUUCUGAGCACCACCUUCCAUACUCCAGUCGCUAUUACUAAGACACGUAUUCCGCCCAUGUUUAAUUCAGAAACGGAGAUCGUCGUUUUGGUUCCAAUGCGAGCGCUUACACUUAGCGUCGAAAAACCUUCUGAAGUAAGUUCAACAAAUGAUGUAGCAUCGAUACAUUUACUCAUCGAUGGUGAUCUCAUGUAUAUGUCCAUGUUUAGUGGUGCGCAUACACAUUUUUCAUCUUUUGAUCUUGUUCGGAUGGACGCUCCUGAACAGUGA